AUGGACGAGAACGCAGAAGAUGAAAGAGCGAGUGAACUGGCAACCAUCGCCGCCAUUUACCCUGAACUUGUGGUUGAUGAGCAAGACCCAUACUCUGCUACCCUCGAUCUCGUCGUGACGCCAGUCCAGCCUCUGCGCAUUCUCUUCAAACCCUCAGCAGACGGUGCGCCACCCAUCCUUCCCACGCCACCUACCUCUCCUGAACAGAGUCAGAAUGAAAGCGACGUGAAUCCAGAGUUCAAAAACCCUGCGCUUCCCCUCGAUGCCCACGAACUGUCUCAUCUACCCCCGCUGUCGCUCCGAAUCUCGUUACAGCCAGGCUAUCCAGCCAACAAACCUCCCGUUGUCUCGCUGUCCGUUACGCCUCAGUGGCUACCCCGAACGGUUUUGAGACGGCUCAAGGAUGACUGUGCGAGAUUAUGGGAAGAGCUGGGAAAAGACCAGGUUGUCUAUGCCUAUAUCGACCAUAUCCAGCAAGAGGCGGAACAAGCUUUUGGUCUUGCGGGCGAGACAGACGUCCAAUUCUCAAGCGAUCUGAAAUUGGCGUUACUGGAUUUCGACCUCAAGACCAAGCGCGAGCUUUUUGAGAAAGGGACGUUUGACUGCGGAGUUUGCCUGGAGCCGAAGAAAGGGACGUCUUGCCACAAGCUCAUGUUGUGUGGACACGUCUUUUGCGUCACAUGUUUGCAGGAUUUCUACAAGAGUUGCAUCACAGAAGGAGACGUUGAUAAUGUCAAGUGUCUCGCCCCGAGUUGCCCUCAAGAUGAGCCUGUACGGAUGGGCAGGAACAGCAGACCUUUGAAGAGGCGGAAACAAGAUCGAACACUCAACCCCAGCGAACUAUUACAGAUCCCCAUCGAAGAAGAACUUGUCCAGCGGUACGUGAGACUUAAGAGAAAGAAGCGGCUGGAAUCGGACAAGAACACCAUCUAUUGUCCCCGACAAUGGUGCCAGGGAGCCGCCAAGUCCACAAAACAUCCCAAACCUCUGGACCCAAUGAAUGACGUGGAUGAAGAGGAGGAAGAAGAAGAACAGUCAGAAUCGUCAGACGACGAAGACAGCGCCCUAGAAAAUAUUCCCAUGUCUGAACGCGUGGCCGUGUGCGAAGAUUGCGGUUUUGCAUUCUGCAGGGUCUGCCAGAGAGGGUGGCACGGUGAACUCGAGAGAUGCAGUCCUCGACAAAAGGAGCUCAACGAGGAAGAAAAAGCAUCUGAGGCAUACCUGAAGAAGUAUUCCACACCGUGUCCGACCUGCAACGCAGCCUCGCAGAAGACCAUGGGUUGCAAUCAUAUGAUUUGCUUCAAGUGCAAAACCCAUUUCUGUUAUCUGUGCUCGGCGUAUCUGAUGCCCGACAACCCUUACCGCCACUUCAACGACCCCAAGAGCGAUUGCUAUAUGCGUCUUUGGGAGCUCGAAGAAGGAGAUGGUGAAGGCGCUGGUGAAGGCUUUCGUGCAGAUCGGUUCCACAAUCCUCAUCUUGCAGAGUGGGACGAGUUUGAUGACGCAGACGAUGACUCCGACGACGAAGAGCUGCCGCCUCAGAACUUUGUGGCUUUCCAAGGAGACCACGGGCGGCCCUUUGCCGACGAAGAAGAUACCGACGACGAAGAGCCGGCCCCUGACCAACGACGCAACCAGCGGAUGCACAUCGAAAUCGUCAAUUUUGCGCGACCCGGAGCACACAAUCCUCAGCGAAUAGAACUCCCAGAACGACAGCGAGUUCAAGCUCAAAUUGAAGUCCCGGUACCACCGCAAGCACCAAACCCCCCCCGAGCUAGACCUCGACGCAGAGGUGGUGGUCAGCAAGCCAACCAUCGAGUCUUGAUGGCGAACGAACCUGCACGCGCUGGCCAGGCUCGAGGGCAAGCUCGAGGGCAAGCCCGAGGUCCGGCCGGGGGUCGCGGGCGUCUUCCCGCCGCAGCGCCAGCUCAAGAUGUACGAGUAGUCGAAGACCGACAUAAUGGCAGAGAUAUACAAGGUCUGCCAGACGGCGACGGCAAUGGAAACGGUGAAAAUGCGGAGCCUCCAGCACCCCUCCCACUUGCCGCUCCUGGCCAAGGAAACCAUCCGGGUGCCGUCCAUGGCGCGCAAGCAGGCCCUGUCCGUGCGAUGGGCCUGGAAAGAUUUCUGCAGCUUGCACAGCAAGACCAGGAGGAUGAGUGGGACUCCGAUGAGCUGGACGAAGAUGAUUUUCAAGCCAUGGAGCACGAGCAUGAGCCACGGCGGAGACGACAGGAGAGGGUCAUGGGCUGGCGGUGA